AUGCCUCCGCGCCGCCGCCCCUCCUCCGGCUACCACGGUGUCCGGGCCUGGCCGAGCGGCCGGUUCGACGCGGAAAUCCGCUCCGGCGAGGAGCGGAUCCGCCUCGGGACGUUCGACACCGCGCACGAGGCGGCGCGGGCGUACGACGCCGUCGCUCGGCGGCUCGGCCGCUCCCGGCGGACGUUGAACUUCCACGACGUCUUCACGCGGGAGCAAGCGGAGAUGCUGGCGCCGCCGCCGCCGAUGGUCACGCGCGAACAGCAGCGCCGCCAUCGGGAGCUGGAGCAGCGCCUCCUCAUCGCCGAGCGCGACAAGGCGCUGCGCCUCGAAUGGGCGCGCCAAUUCCCCGAGGACGUCGCCGCCACGGAGGCCUUCUACGCGCAGAAGGAGGAGGAGAAGGCGGCGAUGAAAGCGAAGAAAAAGGCGAGCCGCGAGAAGCGCCGCGCCGAGUCCGCGGCGAGGAAGAAGUGGACGACGUCGUCGACGCCGGUGUCGGACACGACACUGAGCAGCUCCGACUUCGACUGGGAGUCCGACGACGGCGAGGAGUAG